AUGGGAGUUUAUGUAGGAGACAAGGUGCCUCACAACAAAUUACUAUUGAAAAGGUUUAAUAACUGGAAGAAUGAAUCACUCGAUGUACUAAAAUUGGAUAUUAGUAUAACUGCGUUGACGCCAAGGCAGCAAUAUGUCCUAAGGCACCCUUCUCGUGAUGAAGAUAGCGCAGCAGAUGGGUCACACCUGUUUGUAAUACAGCGUGGCCUGCACUCACGUAAUCCCAAUUCAAAAAUUCCAAUUUUGGAAAAGGAUAUCAAGAUAUCCCUUUUGGUGUCUCCUUCACUAACAAAAGCUAUCCUUCUUUAUUUCUCCUAUCCUCCGCAAAUUUUGUCACCAAAGAGAAAGAGAGCGAAGGAGUGGUGGUCUGUCCCGGUAUCGGCGAAUAAUCGUCCGGGAAAUUGUGUUUUGACCCAUUCCAAUUCACCACUUCCAUCACAACAAUCAGCCCAAAUCAUGCAGCAGUUGAUGCCAGACAAUGACAUCGUCUCAUUAAAUGUGUCAAACGCAAACCAUUAUUUUGACCUCGUUCAAAAUAAGAAUUUAUCUGAUGGCAUGUUCCCGGAUAAUUCCACAAAUUCCUCUCUGAAAACCGCUUGGGGUGACAAAACUUCUCUUCAAAUUCACCCCCCUCACAUUCGUUCACCAAAUCCUUAUUCGUCGAGUCACAUUACUCUCUUUGAUCCCUCGAACUCGAAAUCACUCGCCAAUCCGAUUAUCCCAUCAACCCUAAACUUGGAAGAUUUAAGCUACGCUAUCAACGAUACCUCCCACCGAAUUUCCCCUCACGCCAACAUACAAACGAACCAUCUUUCCGUCAAUGCCUCUCCGACAAUAUCCGAUCCCCAAUCCUUAUGUCUCAGCGACAAUGGUACGUGCGUUAGCGAAUGUUACACUUCGCCUCAUAUUUCGGACAAGAAAAGAGGUUAUGAGUCCGAGAGUGCAACAGCGGAUUCUCGCAAGCAGCGUAAAUUGCACAGUGUUCACCAGGAACUUGCUAAUUUGUUCAACGAAUCCUUCUUUCCGAUGUGCGACGUACCGCACCUCGAAGUCCCCGAUCCCUCACCUGGCAUUUCCCUAAAAUUGGAUCGUACAGAAUUCUUCAGGCACAUGAACAGGAGACUAGAUUACAUGGCCUUGUCCAUAAAACGAUCUCUUCGAUAUCCGUACGACUACGAUGACCUCUCCAAUUGGAGAAAGUUAUAUAAAUUGUUCAAAGGAGAAUGCCUGCAAGUUAAAAAUCUGUUGGACGCCUCAGAAUUUAGGUCCAUGGGUUCAUUGAAAUCCGCGAGAGGACAUCAGUUCACCCAGGAAGAUGUCGAUAAGGAUUUGCUUAAUUUGAUACCAGGACACGCGAUCCUGCAAAAUCCUCAUCCGCUAAAGGUCAAGAAAGAUGGCAACGAGGGAUUCAGGUCGAUCACGCUCUUGCUGAGGUCUUCCGCUGGCGAAAGUUUUCACGAGGAGUUAAGAGUGAGAACCGUUCUCGAAAUGGUGUACCCAGAUUAUUUCCAGAAAGACACCUUGGAGAUGCUAAGUCGUUUCAAGUGCCUGACACAAAAUGCACCGGACUACCCGAUACAAAUGUGGCAAAUUGAAGCCCUAAACACCGGAAUCGAUACCUCGAACAUCGGCGUGCCACAAUUCUUCAUUUUGUCAAGACUAUUAAAAGCGAGAAUUCAUGUUGUUCACCCGGAUCCAAAGAAUCCCUACUUUAAAGAACCGGUGCCGGGCGAUAAGAUUACCAUAAAUUCUAGAAUUUUUCAUUUGCUUUUAUACAACCCGCAAACGUUCGGUGACAAUUCACAUGCGCUUCUUGAUAAUUAUGGCGUUGCGCCUCUUGUUGAACCCGAUGAAAUUUUCCGAAUACCAGACGUCGGGAGGAUCACCGGUGAU